AGCUGACACACAUCAAACACACACACACACACACACACACUCACCAGAAUCAGAUGUUUUGACCUUCAUGAAAACUUUAUUGAUUUCAAAAACGGAGAUCUGGAUACACUUGUGACUGACUGCCGGGCCGAGGAGAAGUCAUGGAUCCGAUUGUGGAAGUGGUGGCUGUGAUUUUGGGGUUCAUUGGUUGGGUGAUGGUGGGGGUUACUCUGCCAAACCGAUACUGGAGGACCUCCACUGUUGAUGGAAACGUCAUCACCACCUCGACAAUCUAUGAAAACCUGUGGAUGUCCUGCGCGACAGAUUCGACCGGGGUGCACAACUGCAGGGAGUUCCCUUCACUGCUCGCUUUGAAUGGUUACAUCCAAGCGUCUCGUGCCUUGAUGAUUUCCUCGAUAGUGUUCGGCUCAUUUGGACUGGUGGCCGCGCUCAUCGGGAUACAGUGUUCCAAAGCAGGAGGAGAAAACUAUGUUCUCAAAGGGAGGAUCGCAGGCACUGCUGGAGUACUUUUUAUACUCCAAGGUUUGUGCACUAUGGUUGCAGUGUCCUGGUAUGCUUUCAAUAUCACUCAGGAUUUCUUUGACCCCUUCUAUCCUGGCAUUAGGUAUGAAAUAGGAGAAGGGCUUUACAUCGGCUGGUGCUCUGCUGUGCUCGCCAUCGCUGGAGGAGUCUGUCUCACCUGCUCCUGCAAAAUGGCCUCAGAGGAAAAAUACCCUUUGCCUCACACCAGAGGAACUGUAUACUCUGGACCAGCACCAAGCAGAAGCGUGGCCGCCAGCACUUACGGAAGAAAUGCUUACGUCUGAGCAGGAAAGGGAAACCGAGCUUUGUGGACUUUUUCAUCACCUCACUUUUUGCUGGUGUAUCUAACACAUCGUGCCAUUCAAUUUUUUUUUGUUUUUUUUUUACACUGAAGCUUUUUUGUCCGUGACUGUGGAAACCUUCGCAGUGCGUCAGAUGUUCACUGAUAGGAGUAUCUCAGCACCGCUGUGCUGUACAUAACCACAGUUUCAAAAUGUGUGUUCUGUACUAAUAACACUGAUACAAUGAUUGCAUUGAUACUGUAAAAGCUGUACAAAGCUAAGCUAUCCAUCACUGCACAAACUUACUGUGCGCUCUCAAUGAUUAUAUUUAUAUUUCACUGAUAUUGUCCCUUAUUUUCAAAUGAAUUCAAUCAUGUGAUCUGACAUUUGUAAGGGGAAGGUCAAACGCGUGAUUAUUCGGAUGUGUCGUUUUGUACAGUUUUGUAGGCGAUACUUGCAAGAGAGGCUCAAGGACAGGUUAUCUUUGUUUUGACUGUAUUUUACCUUUUUUUUUUUUU